AAUCAAAUACAAAGUACAAAAUAAACACUGAAGAUAUUGACACUGAAACGCAAACUGAAAUAGGUUACAACGACACAGAUUACGCUGAUUAUCAAGCGGCUGAAAGUCGGAUAAUAGUCUGGAAAGUAGCAAACAAUAAAGACAACUUUAUGAACAUCCAAGAUGUUGAUGAUCAAGAAAAAAUCUCUAAAACAAACCAAGCUCAACACAAAAAUUUCUGGAAACUCAAACAUACACCCGAAGAAAUUCGCAAAACGCAAUCAAUAAACAUGAAAAAAUUCAUGGAUCCAUCCGCGGACCCUUGCAUAGACUUCUACCAAUACGCCUGUGGGAAUUGGCACAAGUACAACCCGAUACCACCGGAUAGAAGUAGUUUUGACACGUUUGAAAUGCUCCGCGAAAGUUUAGAUUCAGUUUUACGUGAUUUACUCGAAGAAAACGUGCCGCAGGACCCAGCAAUCAUAGAUAAAGAAUUCUGGACCAGUUUGCGAGACAAUACCACGCGGCAAUCAAGAGACAAACGUCACAUCUACGAUUUCUACAAGAUCGCGGAGAACAAAGACGUCCCGGCGCCUUUCUUUCAAGUCAUACUAAAUCAUUCAUACCCCAAAACCGAGGACGCCAUAGAUAAAGCAAAAUUCCUAUUCAAGAGCUGCAUGAAUGAGGAACUUAUAAAGGUCAGAGGCAUCAAGCCCUUAUUGUACUUGAUCAAAGAGUUGGGCGGAUGGCCGGUGUUGGAUGGUAACUGGGACGAGCGACAUUUUGAUUUCGAAUGGCUCCUGGGCCAAUUGAGGUUAUACAAUAACGAUAUAAUUAUCUCCGAAUGGGUCGGGCCUGAUAUACGUAACUCCGAGGAGUAUGUCAUACAGAUCGAUCAGAGCUCGUUGGGGUUACCCUCAAGAGACUACUUCAUCGAGAAAGGGAAUCAGAAGUUUGUCGAUGCUUACAAACAUUUCAUAGCUACUGUCGCGGUUUUACUGGGUGCUGAUUCAGCUACAGCUUAUGAGGAUGCUGAACAAAUGGUUAAUUUUGAAAUAGAAUUAUCCGCCAUUACGGUAUCAGCCGAACAUCGGAAAAAUGUAUCCGAUAUUUACGUCCGGUUGAAAAUCAGAGAACUACACUCGAUUAUACCACAAAUCGACUGGUUUAAAUACAUUGGUAUUGUUACAAAUAGAGAGGUUAACCCUGAAGACCCGAUUGUAACUUUUAGUUUAAAUUAUUUGCAUCAAUUAGUUGGUUUAAUUAGUGGAACUAAUCCGAGAACAAUCGCUAAUUAUUUAUUAUGGCGAUUUAUACGGCACAGAGUGAAUAAUUUAGAUGAUCGCUUUCAGGAUGCAAAACAAAGAUUUUAUAAAGUUUUGUUUGGUCGAGAGCAAAGUCCCGCUAGGUGGCAGAGUUGCAUAUCUCAAGUAAAUUCUAACCUUGGAAUGGCUUUAGGUAAUCUGUUUGUGGGAAGAUACUUUGACGAACGGUCCAAAAAUGAUACAUUGAUGAUGACUAUUCAACUCCGGCAAUCUUUUAAAGAAUUAUUAAUGGAGACGGAAUGGUUAGACAUGGAUACAAAAACAGCUGCUGCUUUGAAGAUAGACUACAUGCGUUUGAAGAUAGGCUACCCAAAUUACAUCCUCAGUGAGCACAUGCUCAAUAAACGAUAUCAAGACGUGCAAAUACAUCCGGAUUUUUAUUUUGAGAAUACGCUGAGUAUUCUACAACAUCUCACGCGUUUGGAACAUUCGAAAUUAACCGUUGCGGUUGAUAAAAACUUCUGGAACUCACCACCGGCGGUAGUAAACGCGUAUUAUUCCCGAAAUAAGAAUCAGAUUAUGUUCCCGGCUGGGAUUUUACAGCCGCCAUUUUAUCAUCGUCAUUUCCCGCGGAGUUUAAACUAUGGUGGGAUAGGUGUGGUGAUUGGGCAUGAAAUAACUCAUGGGUUCGAUGAUAAAGGGCGGCUUUUUGAUAAAGACGGGAAUUUGAAGGUGUGGUGGAAAAAGGAGUCGAUUGAAGAGUUCCAUGAGCGUGCAAAGUGUUUAAUAGAGCAAUAUAAUGCUUAUGUUGUACCGGAAGCCAACAUGCAAAUGGACGGCGCGAAUACCCAAGGUGAAAACAUCGCGGAUAACGGAGGAAUUAAACAAGCGUUCAGAGCGUAUGAACAUUGGGUGUUAAACAACCCAGAAAGGGAUGAAUCAUUACCAGGGAUGAAUAUGACUAAGUAUCAGUUGUUUUUCUUGAAUUUCGCGCAGAUCUGGUGCGGGACGACAAGACCGGAAGCAGCGCGGAAUAAAUUACGAACCGCAGUGCAUUCCCCUGGAAGAUUCAGAGUGAUUGGCACGUUAAGUAAUAGUGAUGAGUUUGCUGAAGUUUACCAAUGUCCGGUAGGGACACCGAUGAAUCCGAAAAACAAAUGCAUAAUUUGGUAAACAUGAAAAAAUGAUGUGAUUUUACAGGAUUCCUUUUUUUACAUUUUAUAAGUAUUUUUGUAGAUUUGUGUAAUGUUUUUGUGUAAAUUGUGUAAAUAUAUUCCGUCCAAAUGGAAA